AUGGCCGAGCUACACAUUUCCAACACCGCUGCGGUCGCCAAGUACCUCAACCUCGACCAGAAGGGCAGCCUCAUCGCUGAGUACAUCUGGAUCGACUCCGAGGGCCAGACCCGUUCCAAGAGCCGGACGCUCAAGGAGAAGGACUACUCCGUCAGCGACCUCCCGAUAUGGAACUUUGAUGGCUCCUCCACCGGCCAGGCGCCUGGUGACAACUCGGACGUGUACCUGAAGCCCGUGGCGGUGUUCCCGUCGCCCUUCCUCCUGGCCCCCAACAUCCUUGUCCUGUGCGAGUGCUGGAACGCCGACGGGACGCCGAACAAGUUCAACUACCGCCACGAGGCUGCCAAGUUGAUGGAGGCCCACGCGGCGCUUGAGCCGUGGUUCGGCCUGGAACAGGAGUACACCCUGCUGGACCUCAACGACCGCCCGUACGGCUGGCCCGCGAACGGUUUCCCGGCCCCCCAGGGCCCGUACUACUGCGGUGUUGGCGCCGGCAAGGUCGUGCAGCGCGACAUUGUCGAGGCCCACUACAAGGCCUGCCUGUACGCCGGCAUCAAGAUCAGCGGCACCAACGCCGAGGUCAUGCCGGCCCAGUGGGAGUACCAGGUUGGUCCCUGCUUGGGCAUCGAGAUGGGCGACCACCUGUGGGUGUCGCGCUUCAUGCUGCACCGCAUUGCGGAGGAUCUCGGCGCCAAGGUGUCGUUCCACCCCAAGCCCAUCCCGGGUGACUGGAACGGUGCCGGUCUGCACAGCAACUUCUCCACCAAGGCCAUGCGUGUCGAGGGUGGCAUGAAGUUCAUUGAGGAGGCCAUCAAGAAGCUGGAGGGCCGCCACAAGGAGCACAUUGCCGUGUACGGCGAGGACAACGACAAGCGCUUGACCGGCCGGCACGAGACGGGCGCCAUCGACCAGUUCAGCUACGGUGUCGCCAACCGCGGUGCUUCUAUCCGCAUUCCCCGCGAGGUCGGUGCCCAGGGCUUCGGCUACUUUGAGGAUCGCCGCCCGGCCAGCAACGCCGACCCCUACCGCAUUACCGGCAUUAUUAUGGAGACUUGCUUCGGUGCUGUUGAGAAGUAG